UCUUGUAUGCAGAGAAGUUCACAGGGUGAGUAGUGGGAUUGUGUAAGUCGUGACUGGGCAACUUGUAAGUCUCUACAGUGGUGACGACUUAUCCCUUUUAAUUUUUUUCAAAAUUAAAUGUCCCUUUUGAUAUUUUUCAUCAAAAAAAAAAAAAUCUUUUGAGCUCUGAACUCCUAAAAAUACUUUAUUUUUCUGAAAUUUAAAUUAAUUUUGUAAGUCCCUCUACUUUUUAACCUUAUCCCCAUAAUUUCUGAAAUUCGGCAUGGGCAACAUGGUAAAAUCAAAGAGGUAGCUUUUUCCUGAGUAGCCAGCUGUUGUUCAUGCCACUCAGCUCUCUGCUUUAGUAGUGCGACAAUUUUUGCUUCUCACAGUCCCUUCCCUGUGACCCAUUGUCCCUUCCGCAUCACAUCACAUUUUCAGUACGCUUCUGCUUGGCUAGUUUAUUGUGCUUCUCAGUAAUGGCAGAGGACUCUCUGUACACGUCGUUGGAUGAUAUUAUCAAGAAGAACAAACAACAGGGACAUGGGGGACGUCAUGAAAAGCGCCGCCGUGUUCGAUUUUAUGGUUCUGGGCCUUCUAGGACUGGACCAAGUCGCCGUUCCAUUAACCCUAGAAUGAUCCCCUACUCAAUGCCCCAGCGUCGUUUUACAGAGGGAGACGUGAAGAUGCUUGGAGAGGAUCAUGGGACCAAGCUGUUCGUAUCUAACCUCGAUUACGGGGUCUCCAACGAUGACAUCAGGCUGCUGUUUUCAGAUGUUGGUGAGCUUAAAGAAUAUGCGCUGCAUUAUGAUAACUCAGGCAGGUCAAAGGGAACUGCAGAAGUGGUCUUCACACAUCAGUCUGGUGCUUUAGCUGCUAUGCGUAGAUACAACAACAUACAGCUUGACGGUAGACCAAUGAAAAUUGAGGUGAUUGGGGUGAAUGUUCCAACUCAUCCAGUGCCUCAUUUUGCAUCAGAAAAUUUGCGAGGAAGUUUCCAGAGACCAGGAGGAGCAGCAUAUGAAAGGGCUCGUAUAGAAAGAAACCAUCAUAAACCUGUCUCAGCUACAGUUUCAAAAAAAACACCCGUCUCAGCUGAAGAUCUUGAUGCUGAUUUGGACAAGUAUCAUUCUGAUGCUAUGCACAUUUAAGUAAUUUCUCAUUAUUUUUGUCCUACGGCUGUUUGUUAACAUCCAAGAACGCAAGAGCCUCCUGUCCUACGUUGACAUCAUAUAAAUUAUAUGGUACAUAAAUAGCUAAAUACCCAGUUAUAUAAACUUAGCUCACUUUGUUUAGAGGUAAUCUGGAUAUACAUCUCUUCACUAUUAUAUCAUCUUGGCAAGAGGAUUUUACAUAAUUAUGGUGAUUGCACAAGCUUUUUCUUGCA